AUGAUAAAUGCAGGUCCCAAGGAACAUCGACCUCUCCUCCCAACGAAUCAAAAGGUAUUAACAAAUGAAGUUCGCAAGGCGCCCAAGAAUCCAAAUGUGAAAGUCCCCGAAAUCACCGGCAGACCAUCUGUUCGUCGAAGCAGCUCAGCAGGACACAUUCAGACCAUCAGUCCUUUUACCUCUCCACUUCAAAUGGCUGCGCUUGAACGAAGAAAAUCCAAAUCCUAUUCGGGAUUUGAUGAAGUAGAUGGGAGGGAAGUGAAUUUCUCUGGGGCACCCGCCUUUUUAAAUGAGGAAGAUGAUGGCCUUUCCACCUCAAGCGGUAGUGAAAACUCCUUUAUCAAAGGGUUCCAUUAA